AUGAAGCGGGCAGUUGCGAAAUUCAUGCCCGGCAAGCUGACCAAGCCCCGGGCCGAAUCUCCCUCGACGUUUAAAAUUGACCACAACUCAGUCGAGGAUUUCUACAUUCUGCUCGACAACCCGCACAAGUCGUGGCUUCCUGGCGAAGAAAUCAGCGGCCAGAUUGUUCUAAUAAGCAGGAAAAACUUGGCCAACAUUGCCAUUGUGUUUUCCCUCUGUGGCUAUGUCAAGAUACAUGCUCUGCCUCAUUCCAAGCUUCGGCCAGUGAAGCAUACGCUCUUCAGCCAUACCAUCAAAAUCUACGGCCCGGAUGCCGACCACCCGCAAGCAGAAAACGCAAACGAGUUUGUGAAUGGGCUUUACAAAGGAGAGCACCGCUUCCCAUUCAUCGUCAAGCUCCCGAACAAGCGUGUGUUCACGUCGAUAGAUUUUGGCAAAGGCGCCAUCGUCUACGUGCUCAAGACUCAUUUAAGAUCGGCAACAGAUCUGAGCGGCGACACGCUGCUGCCCGGUUCCACUGCAAGCCCCGGCUCGACGGACAUUUUCUCCAUGACAAAAUCUUUGUCGAAACUCAGCACUCCUUCAUUCACGUCAGAGAAGUUCGUAAAUCUCAUUAACCCAAUUGACGUGUCUGAGCUACCGCCGCAGAAACCGAAAAGACUAAUCAUUAAAGACCCCAGAAGAAAGGGCAAGCCGCUGCGCGUGCUGUCCUCAAACGCUACGUUGAAUACGUUUUCCACUCUUUCAUCCAACGAUUCAGAUAGCAUAUCCACUGCCCUUACAAGCCCGAACCCGAUAACGCCGAACCUGAUGAACACCCAUGGGCCCAAUGGCCUGUCGCCCAAAACGAUCGAACCCCACCAGCAAAAGAACAUUCGGGUUUCGAUGGAAAUCUCCCAAAGAGGCUUCCUAAGAGGAGAGCUUAUCCCCAUCAAGCUAUCCAUUAAGCAUUUGCGGAAGAUUCAAGACUCAAAAGGAAUCAUUGUCACGCUAGUACGUGUCUGUCGUCUUGAUUAUGGCCCAGAUGGGUUCUACGAGUCAUUCAGAAAAGACUUGCAGCAACUGGUGAUCCCGCUUUUCGUAGAUCCUAACACAUUUUCUCUGGAGAUCAAUACGAGCUUACGUGUUCCGCCUGAUGCUUUCCCCACCAUUUCUGGGUGCCCCAUAGUGUCGUUCCAAUACUUUAUCGAAGUUAUGCUCAAUCUUUCUGGAAAGUCUUUGAGCUUGGAAGGCCCUAGUGAGCAUCCGAAAUCUUCUGUGGUGCCCCUCGAAGAACCCCUGAUGUCACCUGGUAAUAGCGGGAGCUACUCAUUCCACCCAUAUGCCAUUGCGCAGAAUAGGUCUGAUUUUAUCAACACCGACAAGUUCAAACGUCUGAAGAAGUUUCUCCAGAUUACAUCAGAAGUCAUCAUAGGCACACAUAGGCUGGAUAAAGCCAUGCUGGCAACAUCGCCAGACGCUUCGGCAUCUAUUGUCAAUUCGAGACGGUCGCUGGAUUCGACUAAUUCACCGGGCCAGUUUCAAACUUCUUCUCAGCCUCGGAGUCCAUCACAACUUCCACCGAUCCCUGAGUCUUUUCAAGUGGACAACUUUGCUGUGCCAUCGUAUAUUGAAACGACAAACCCUGCGAUCGAAGCACAUAAUGGUACUUCUGAAACCCAAAGUGCUCCAAUGUAUGAAGAUGUACCCGCGGUUCCCAUGCCCCAAACACAAGAAAACUUGUCGGAAAAAGAGCGUGUGCGGCAACAUGAAGCCAGCCUUAUGCCAUCAGAGCCUCAGUUUGGCGAUUCAGAAGGCGAACUGGAGACAGUUAGUCCUUUGGACCCAGAUAGCCAUAUUCUCGAUAGCUUGGUCGACGAGCCCAGUUUCGGUCACAUGUCUCAAUCAUACAGUUCACCUCUUGGCCAAGAAACCUCAUUGCUGCUACGACCUAAUGAAUCCGCGCAUGACUUAUAUCAAGCACCUCUUUCGCUGGCGCCUGAUCUCCAUGAAGGAAUAGGCCUGGAAGGGGCGAAGGACUAUGUUCCCAACUAUGAUAAUGCCGCUAACGACCAAUUGAUCAGUAGCACUGCUCCAGAGGGAAGCAGGUCGCAAGAAAACUGA